CCCAGCCUCAGUCAGUGUCCAGAGAGAAUAGAGUGGCUUCCUGACCCCUGGCUCCACACCUUCCCGGAACCCCCAGACAGGAGCCCUGAAGCCCAGCCCAGAGCGUGGCCAGGAGACUGCAGUGCAGAGACAGACUUCACGGACGCCCAAACCUCAGGCCCAGCCCAGAGCGGUGCCUUCUUAUCUCGAGACUUGCUGUUGCGGGUUGGCGGGGAGCCCCCUCCCCGAGGAGAAGCAUGGUUCUGCAGAACGGCAUGGACCCUGGGCACCCGGUGCGUCUCGAGCCCUUCCUGCACCAGGUUGGGGGGCACCUGAGCGUGAUGAAGUAUGACGAGCACACGGUGUGCAAACCCCUCAGCUCCCAGGAGCAGAGUUUCUACGAGUCCCUGCCCCUGGCCAUGAAGCAGUUCACCCCGGAGUACAAAGGCACCAUCACCGUGCAGCUCCGCAGAGAUAGCCUGGGCCACCUCAGCCUGGUCGCCAACCCGCUGAAGGAGAAAGGGGGCCCAUUCCAGGUCUCCCCAGAGUCAGCAGCCGUGGCAAUAUGGCAGACACUGCGGCAGAGCACUGGAGGGGGCGCCCGGCCCCUCGCCCCAUGGCAGCCAUCGCAGCUUACACAUUCGUUCAAGGAGAGCCGGACCACAGAGCUCCUGAAAUCCGAGUUCCGUCUCCACUCCCCAGUGCCCACUCUGGAGGGGAAGGAGGCUGAGGAGCACCAGGCCCAGAGCACCUGCAAUCCAUGGGGCCUGCACUGCCACCAGGCACACCUGACCCGCCUGUGCUCCGAGUACCAGGAGAACAAGCUGCAGCGCUUCCUGCUGCUGGAGAACGUGGUGUCGCAGUACAAGCUGCCCUGCAUCCUGGAUCUGAAGAUGGGGACGCGGCAGCAUGGAGAUGAUGCAACAGAGGAGAAGAAGGCCCGCCACAUGAAGAAGUGCGAACAGAGCACCUCGGCCCGCCUAGGAGUGCGCAUCUGUGGCAUGCAGGUUUAUCAAACUGAUAAGAAGAAUUUCCUCUGCAAAGACAAGUACUACGGCAGGAAGCUCUCUGUAGCCGGCUUCCGACAGGCCCUCCAGCAAUUCCUCCACGAUGGGACACGCUUACGGGCAGAGCUGCUGGAGCCUAUGCAGUGCCAGCUCCGGGCCCUCCUCUCAGUCAUCAAAAGCCAGGCAUCCUACCGCUUCUACUCCAGCUCCCUCCUCAUCAUCUACGAAGGCCAGGAGCCCCCGGACACACCACCAGACAGCUCAGACAGCCCAGACAGCCCGUAUCCCCAGGAUGCUAUGCAGCCAGGCCUGGGCAGCUCCCCCGAGGGCCUGGCCAAAGUCGCCAUCCGCAUGAUUGACUUCGCUCACACUACUUACAAAGGCUCCUGGAACGAGAGCGCCACCCACGAUGGACCCGACCAGGGUUACAUUUUUGGCCUGGAAAACCUCCUCCAGGUCCUGCAGAAUAUCCAAGAGAGAGCCAGUGAAACGUGUUAGGCCCAUCUGGGCCAUGCUAGGAUAGAGAAUUCAAAAGGGACCUAAUGAUGGCAAGGCUAGUCUAGAUGCCCCUUCGGGGGGUAUUGCAAACUAUGGUCAAAUGCCAUAGCUAAACAUAUCAGGCUGCAUACAUAGCUGCUAAAGAAACACAUGCGGGACGGCCAGCCUGCCCGGCCCAGCCCAGCAACCCUCUGAGCACCUGCUACAGAGAUUUCCCA